AUGGAAGAAAAUGCAGUGGGUAUCGCAGCAACCGUUUCAGAAGAACUGGUGGCGACAGACACCAACCGGCGAAGACUUCUUCAAUGUCGGCAUGUUCGGGCUUCAAGCGGUCCCGGUGAUACGGGCUACGGCAGCGUGGCGGGCGGAAAUGAAAGCGCAGGCGACAGAGACAAGGAUGGAAAGUAUCAUGACACAUGUACGGGCGACUUUGCGGUCGACGAGAAUGAUGUAGGCGACGGCAACGUAGCAGACAAAGGCGAAGCAAAUGACAAUAACAACCAACUUGAGUACCUCAGUCAGAGUUGCUCAACCAACAAAACCUUCCCUCCCAACACCACCUACAAAUCCAACCUACACACCCUCCUCACCUCUUUCUCUUCCGUUGCCGCCACUGCCGAGUUCUACAACACCAAUUCCUCCGGCGGAGAUGCCGCCGGCGAAACAAUCUAUGGCAUGUUCAUGUGCAGGGGCGACAUCAAGAGCCAGAAAUGCCAAAAAUGCAUUGAAAUGGCAACGCAGAAAAUAGCCUUAAGUUGUCCAAACUCCAAAGAAGCCAUAAUUUGGUACCAUGAGUGCAUGGUUCGUUACUCCAACCGCUCUUUCUUCUCAACCGUGGACGAAUGGCCACGGCCUAAGUACAUCAGUCAUCACGAAACCUCGAAUAUAACCACGGAAGGGAGCUAUGGAUGGUUGUUAGCAACCACGUUGAACGAUGCCAUUGCUGAGGCUGCGAAAUCUGCCAAUGCCAAUAAGAAAUUUGCAACAAAACAUGUGAGCUUGGGAGGGUCUCAGAAUGUGUAUACACUUGUUCAGUGCACACCUGAUUUGUCCAGCCAAGAUUGCAGCAAGUGUUUGAAUGAUGUGAUGAAAGAUAUUCCUAUCUGCUGUUUGGGAACAGAUGGUGGAAUGGUUUUGUAUCCAAGCUGCAAUUUGAUGUUUGGCUUACAUCGAUUCUACUCCGACGCUAAUCUUCCUAUUAAUUGCAUUGUUGAUAAUAUAAUGUCGUUUCUUAAACUCAUAUUAUUCAACUACCUUUGCUUCUUUCUCACUCUCAUCACCACCUUCAAUUUGUUCAUAACCGAAGCCAGUAAUAAUAAUAAUCAUAGUAAUGACCUUGAUUACUUGAAGUGCGAUUGUUUAAACAACAAAACCAUCUCUCCCAUUAUCCCCACUACCAUCUACAAAUCCAACCUCCAAACCCUUCUCACCUCCCUCUCUUCCCACGCGGCCACCGCCGGCUUCAACAACGCCACCGCCGCCGGCGGCCACCCGAACGAAACAAUCUAUGGGAUGUACAUGUGCCGCGGUGACGUCAGCAACCAGACAUGCCAAGAGUGCGUAGAAACAGCAAAGCAGGAAAUAGGGUCAAGGUGUGGGAAUAACUCGAAAGAAGCCAUAAUUUGGUACCACCAGUGCUUCCUUCGCUACUCGAAUCGUUCGUUCUUCUCUACCUUGGAUGAGUGGCCUCGCCUUGAGUACAUCGUUCACAACAAUGGCAGCAAUGCGGGCAAUGAAGGAAGCUACGGGUGGUUGUUGGCGAGCACGUUGAACGAGGCAAUUGAAGAGGCGAAGAGCAAGAUGAAGAAAUUUGCAACAAAACACGCGAGCUUAAAUGGUUCUAAGAACGUAUAUACACUUGUUCAAUGCACUCAGGAUCUGCGGAGAGAAGAUUGCAGUAAGUGUUUGAAUGAUUUAAUGAAGGAUAUUCCUAUGUGCUGUUUGGGAACCGAUGGUGGGAUGGUUCUUUCUCCAUGCUGCAAUUUGAUGUUCGGAUUACGCCAAUUUUACUCCAAUGUUACUAUUCGUACCACCUGGAAUUCACUACCUAAUUCUAGACUUGGUAAAUAUCAAACUAAGCUUUCAGUCUACAUGUGA